AUGCGAGCAGUCAUCCAACGCGUCUCGAGCGCGAGCGUCACCGUAGACGACGAAAUCACUGGCGAGAUCGACCGCGGUCUCCUGAUCCUCCUCGGCGCAGGGGAAGGAGACGAGGAGAGCGACCUCGACUACAUCCUCGAGAAGACCAUCAACCUUCGCAUCUUCCCUGACGAUGACGGCAAGAUGAACCUCUCGCUGCUCGAUGUCGGCGGAGAGCUCCUGGUGGUGAGCCAGUUUACCCUGUACGGAGACGCCAGGAAGGGGCGCAGGCCAAGCUUUGUCAAGGCGAUGAAGCCUGACGUCGCAGAGCAGAUGUACGAGCAGUUCAUCGAGCGCGCGCGCCAAAGAGGCGUGAGCAAGGUCGCCACCGGGCGCUUUGGCGCGAUGAUGGAUGUGCGCCUGCUCAACGAUGGCCCCAUCACGAUCCUGCUCGACUCCACGAAGAGCAACCGCUCCGCCAAAAAGGACGCCUCGCCCACACAGACCGAGGCGGCCUUCUGGCCGAUGAAGCAAAACGACAUCAUGCGCACUGGCUUCGCGCUCGCGCCUAACCUGAUCGAGCGCCCCGAGAUCGCCUGGAGCGCCGAGGUCGGCGUUCAGACGCGCCACAACUCCCCGGUGGUCACCGAUUCGAUGGUGUUCGUCGGCUCUGCCGGAGACACCGAAGGCGCCCCCGACAGCAAGGAUGGCGUCUACGCGCUCGAUCUUACAACAGGUAAGCAGGCGUGGUUCUCACCGACCCCGAAGGGAGAUGUCCACGGCACGAGCUGGCUAAACGGCAGGCUCGUCGUCACGGGUGGCGCGCAAGGCAUCUGGGCGCUCGACGCCAGGAAUGGACAGCCAGCUUGGAGGCUCGAUGUGGCGGACACCGGCGCGGCGAUCGCUUCGCCGCUGGUGCUCGGAGAGCAAAACCUGGCCAUCGUGGGGACGCUGUCCGGCGAGCUGCUGUUUAUCGAUGGCGCGAGCGGUGAGAUCAGGGCUCGCGCCAGUUUGCCAGGUGAAAUCCGGGCGGGCGCGACCUCGGAUGGGACGCGCGUCUUCGUCGCGACAACGGAUGGGGUCGUGGUCGCCUUCUCUCUUGCUGGAGAGGAGCUCUGGCGCACGCGUCACGAGCACCGCGUCCCCGGCGACGAGCUCGAAGAGAUCACCACGCGACCUUCCGUCAUCGUCAGCGAGCCCACGGUCGCCGACGACCUGCUCGUGCUCGCAUACGACCGUGAAGAGACGAUGGACACGCCCCCCUGGUUCGCGCUCGACCGAAAGAGCGGUGCGCUGGUCUGGGAACCGGACGCGUUGCCAAACUUCAAGGCGUGGACAGGGCUCACCACGUCGCCCUCCUUUGCCAGUGAUUUGCUGGUCUUCGACCUGCCCGCGUCGAACACGAGCAUCGGCUUCCAGACAAAGGAGCGGCGCGCCGAGUUUAUCAGCCUGACGCCAGUGUGCGUGCAGCAAGCAGGACCUUCGACGCUGCGCCUCCCGGAUGCGAUCUACCAGGUUCGUAUGGACGGCGUGUUCUACGCCAAGACGGACAUCUACGCGUCGGUGAUCUGGUACGCCUACCUCGGAGAGUUGUCGCGCUACCCCGAUCACCCCAAGGAAAACAAAACCGCGCCCGGGGAGUGUCACGAGACUCUUCCCACAGGGCGCGGUAUCGCAUCGACCCCGGCGGUCGCCAGGGACGGGAGCGUGCUCGUCGGCACGCUCGAGGGCUAUCUGAUCAAACUCGCCGGGCCAGCUCCCGAGGUCGAAGAAGGCGCCAGCGAGGUCAAUACCAACGCUGCCCCUGCCCCUGAAUGA